AUAUGCACGUCUUUUUGUUCAUGUUUCGCUUUCAGUAUUCCUUAUUAUAAUAUAACUUGUAUCGUCUAGUUUAAAUGUUAUGUGCACAUAAUUCCGGUCAAUUAUUUGAAUAGGAUUCAUUUUCAUUUAUUAUAGAAAUAAGCCAUCAAAGUGAUGAUUGAUUUUAUUAAUAUGUAAUUCUUGAAACAUUAGUUGAGCUUAUUGUAUUUUGAAAAUUAUUAUUCCGAUAAGGUUAAUUUUUAACUGAGUUCUAUCUAGUGGAACGCCGAAAUUUCCUAUGCUUAUACAUGUUCCACCGCUUUGUUCCACUUGCACCGGACAGAAUUGAAGUCAACCUAGUGAAUUAAAAGGAGCUGAAUAAAUUAAACUAGAAUCUGAAAUAUCUAUUAUAAUUGUUUCUCAUCUGAACAUCAAUAAAAUGAUUGCUUUAUUCAACUUUCAAAGUUUAUUGACGAUCAUUCUCCUGACGAUUUGUACAAGUGUUUAUGUCAGAUCUUUAUUUCCAGCUAUGUUGGAUAAAAAAAAAGAGGGACUUCCUGGAAUAUUUUGGAAAUGUUCUCGAAUUGGAGAAAGGAAAAGUCAAUAUGUUGCUGGAUUCUGCAUUUUGAUGUCUAUAAGCAUUUUAUUUUUUACGUAACAGUGAACAUUAUUAAUUAAUUUAUGGAAUCA